AUGGCGCGACCGCUCGACAGGCUGUUGCUUGCUGCAGACAAACAUGUGUCCAAGCAUUCCCUCAAGAUGCCCUGGGAGCGCGGGGCGAUGAGAGCAGUGUUUUCGCAGAGCGACCUGAGUUCACUUUCCCAGUGCAGUGUGCCAGCUCCUCUGCAGACGGAGCCCUUGGAUUCCGCUUCUUUCGAGGAGGCAGCCGCCAAGGCUCACCCCCAAGAGCAUGCUUCACAGUUUGUGCAGGUCGCUUUCUCUGCCAGGAAAUUUCAGAAGCCCCAAGAAACUGAGGAGCAACAGUUGCAGUUGCUUGCAACGAGAUACGAUAUCCUCUUGAGUCAUGCAUACGAAUGCUCUUCCCUUGGCAGACUGUUGAAGGACAAGUGCGAAACAGAUCGGGUCAGUCUUGUUGCCGAAGCCCUGGGUGGCAAGGCUCUCUCGACUUUGAAAAAGCGGUUGUCCAGUCUCGCCCGCCUGGUGGGAUGGUGCUCGAACCAAGGCAUGUCGGCUUUCCCGAUUGACUCUCAGGUGUUGAUUGAGUACACCCAGCAUUUGCAGCAGAGUGGUGCCUCGCACUCUGUGUUCGGAUCUUGCAUUGAAGCGUGCAACUUCGCUAGAUUCAUCUUGGGUGUGGAUGCCACUGGUGAGCCUCAUAAGCACCCACUUGUGCAAGGGCGACUUCGCAAGGUGCGGUUCAAUCGUCCGCCUCGUGUGCAGGCGAGGCCCUUCCAGGUUCGAGAGGUGGCAUACCUUGAGGCUUUUGUCCAGGACAGCCGCCGUGAUGCAAGGGAUAGGUAUGCUGCAGGUGCUUGCUUGUUUUGCAUUCACUCGCGAGCCCGUGUAGGGGAUGUGAGGGCAGUCAAAGCAAUGUUCAUCGAUUUUGCAGAGGGUGAAGGUUUCCUUGAGUGCAUCUCGACGUCGCACAAGUGUGCCUCGACAGGAAACCCGUUGGGGCUCGAGUUGAGCCUAGUGGCCCCCGAGCGGGGUGUGGGUCAAGGUCUUUGGGCCAAAGCUUGGGUUGAGGUGUGGCGCCUGUCGGGCCACCCAGUCGCCACCGGAUCCUGCAGCCUGCCUUUGCUGCAGUCGCCUAUGCUCAAUGGGUCUUGGAGUGGUCGCCGGAUUCCGACGGGCAGGUUUGUGACCUGGAUUUCUUCGAUCCUCAAGUCUGGGGAUGAGAGCAUGGGUUUUGAUCUUAAGGGUCAUUCGUGCAAGCAUACUGCACUGUCGUGGGCAAGCAAGACAGACAUGUCCAAGGACUCCUGCACCAUCCUGGGGCACCACUCCUUGAAAGAUAGACGAUCGGUCGUGACCUACUCCAGGGACAUUCAAGCUGGGCCAUUGCGAGAGCUGUGUCAGAUGUACUGUGACAUUCGGUGUGGCAGGUAUCUCCCAGACAUGACCAGGUCCGGUCUUUAUGCAAAGGGCCCUGCAUCUGCUGACUCGGCCGAGGAGCUGCCUGGCGACAGCGUGUUCGAGACUGAGGCGGAAAGAAACUGGUACCGGCCGGCGGUCAGCCCUGGCUCAGCUUGUGACUCAGAAGCCCUUCCUUGUGCGAAUGCUUUUGCUUCCGAGCCUGACCUCAGCGAUCAAAGGGAUGCCAGUGACGAUGACACCCCUUUCGGUCGCGCUGUGGACUCCCUAAUCCAUAGUGCAGAGCGUGCUGCGUGGGAAGAUCCGGAUGCUGCUUUCGAGGACGAUAGGUCUCAGGGGGAGGAGCCAGACUCCUCGUCGUCCAGCGAGUCUAGUUCCGAUUCAGGCUCGUCCGACAGCGAGAUAGAUGAAGUCCUGACUGCGAGCCAAGCAGACCCCCCGGUGGGGCAGAGGUAUCAUGAUCGGUGCCCUGUCUAUCAGCAGAAGAACACCAGGACUCUUCAUCUUAAGCCUGCGGGAAGCUCCAUGGAGCGUUUCAUAUGUGGCCGAGAUAUCACGGCGGCUUUCGAAGAAAGGGCCAAGGAAUGUGGGCUGACGCAAGCUGAGCUUGAUGUGCUCGUGCGUAAGGGUUUGACAUCCUUGUCGCUCCUUGCCUUCAGUGUCUCGACCCCGGGCGAAGUACCGCAGGAGGCUGAGCUCAGGUCCAUCCUUGAUCCCACGGACCCCACGACUGUGCCGUUGCGUGCACUGUCGGCGCUGCGGCGCCUCAUGUUUGAGGCUCAAACUCUGUCCAUUGCACAGCUUAAAAGCUCGAUUGAGGGUGAAGGUGAAAAGAAAGCGGAGUUGGCCCCUGCUGAGAGGACGAAUCGUAUAACCGAUCAGCGGAAAAGGCUCGUGGGGCUCAGCUUGACUGGUCCUUUGGAAAACGCUUUCAGCAAUUACACUUAUGUCGCCCAGGUCGUUGAUCAAGAUUGCCUGUCCUAUUUGGAGCCCCACAGGUUCCUAACCAGGGCCAUGGAGGUGAAUCGAGAAAAGCCAGGGAAAGAGUUGAUCUUAGAUGAGGGCUCGCGCAUGAGUAUCCGCGACAAGGCCCACAAGGAUAAGUGUGGCAUUCAGAAUGAGUUGCAGCUAUCCGAAGCCCUGUGUCGCAGGGCACUUGCUUGCGACCUUCUGCAGCUUUGCACUUUUGCCUGCAUGGACUUGUGGCACAGGCAUCUGCUUGCCAAGCUAUCGGAGCAGCCGCCUCCAUACUACGCUGAGGUUUCGAUGGAGCAACUGCUCAGGUGCGACAAGGCGGCAUGGGUACGCAUGAGUGAGCUCUUGACUUCUCUGAAGAAAGAUGACGCGGGAAACCUGCCAAUGGAUGCUGCUCUGGACAAGCUUCAGUACGAUCCAAAAAUCAUGAUGCAUCUGGCCCCGCUCCCUGGGGCUAAGUGGAAGGGCGAUGGAAAGGGCGACAAGGGCACAAAGCGUGAUGCCGAUGGCAAGCCGAAGUUGCCUCCUCACCGACCCGGUAAAGGUGCAGGUAAGGGAAAGUGUCCUGAAGCGUUGUCCGACUCCCGCUUGAAGCACAACUGUGUUUUCCGACAUGGGGGCAUCGUUGGCCUCACAAACACUUGUCGCUCUUUUCCUCAAUCGGUCAUUUUGGCCAUCUCUUGGGCCGUGCAGCACGGCGGGCCCAAUUUGACAGAUUUCACAUUUUGCUCGAUUUCCUUGAAUCUUAACGUCAAGACUGAGGUUCACUGUGAUGUGAACAACGAUGAUGCUGACAAUCUUGUGCUGGGUGUCACCGACUUUUCAGGUGGGCACAUAUGGGUUCAAUCCGAGUCGGGCAGUCAUGCGCUACCCGUCAAUGGUUCCCUGGUCCAUGGGGACUUGUAUGAUGUUGCAGCGGCCCCGGUGCGGUUCUAUGCAAGAAAACGUUUGCAUUGCACAAUGCCUUGGACGGGGGAUAGACUAGUCCUCAUCCUGUUUUCGGGCGGAGAUGCAACUCAGCUGCCCAGCCUUGACUUUGAGUUUCUGAUAAAGUCAAAGGAGUGCCUCUUGAUAGUCUCAUGUUCCUCGAUGUGUUCUGUGGUUCGGGGGGCCUCUGUCUGUGCUGCUUUGCGUCAGCUGGGCAUGAAGCUGAGCGUUGGUUUGGACCGUCAUGCACAACGUGGUUGCAAAUGUCCCGUUGUCUCCCUGGACCUUACGAAGCCGGGAUCCCGAGCCAUUCUGCUCGACCUCCUUAGGCAGCCACAUGUUGUUGCGUGCCAUUUGUCUCCACCUGUGACCACCAGCUGUGUCGGUUUGGCGGGCCCUCGCCCAAGUGGCCUUCGCAAUGCAGCGCAUCCUGAGGGUCUGCCAGGUCUUCAAGGUGCUGAUCUUGAUUUGGUCAAUGGGGCUAAUGCCCUGUUUGCCAUGUGCGCAGAGGUCUGGCAUUUCUGUUGGAGUCAUGGGGUGUUCUGCUCCAUUGCUCACCCCAGCCGAUCCAUCAUGUGGCUCACUGCUUCACUUCGGUCUUGCCAGGCCUCUCCCUUCCUCUCUACUUCUUUGCAUCAGUGUAUGUUCGGCUCCUACAGACGAAAGGCUACCCGCCUUCUGCACACGGUUCCCUUCCUGCAGAAACUUGGUGUCACGUGUGACGGUGCCCACGCUCACGAGCCGUGGCGCUCUCCGGCGUGCAAUCGCGCCAAAGACGCUGGCCUCCCGCCUAUGCUGUGCAAAUCCUUUGCCCAGGCACUUGUGGAUCAACUGCUUGCAUGCGGUGCACGCGGCCCGGCGUGCUCUCUUGCCAAUGCAUCCUUGUCGCUCUCGUUGGGCGCCCGUGUGACUACAGCUGCCCAACCUUCAGGUCGGAAGAUCCCUCCGCUGGUGCCUGAGUUUUCUCGCACAGUCAAAGUGUCGGGCCCAGCCGAUCAGCUGCCGUGCACCUCGAAGACCAAGCUGCUAUCGGCCUGGACAGUCCCCAAGACUGUCUUCUGCACACCUUUUCUUUCAUCGUUGCCGGCAGGUUCCAAGUGCCUCCGAGCCAGCCCUUAUGCUCCACGGGGUAUGGCGCCUACCUCGGAGCCAGCCACCUUUGCAUCCACAUCUGAGCCAACUGCCGGUGCGGAGCCCUGCUCCUCUGCUGCCGGUGCGGAGCCCUGCUCCUCUGUUGCAGGUAUUCCUACGAUCGUCAUGGGUGUGGGUUUAGGUAGCCCCGACUCCCCUAACACCUUGUGCCGACCGGCACCUGCGCUGUGUGAGGCUGCUGAGGGUGUGGUGUUAGGUAGUCCUGAUCCCCUGGUUCCGCGGUGCCAGCCGGCCCCUGCCUUACCCUUGCCUGUAACCAGUGCAGCCAGUGCGACUCCCAAUGUCAAGUCGGGGCUUGAAUUGCUCUUUGGCAUACCGUGGUCACCUUCGGAGUUUGUGGAGCAGGCAUGCAAUGCGAAGCACCCGCGUUCCCUAGAUCAAGGUGUGCCAAUUGGCAUGUCGGCAUGUAUUGAUCAUCUGUGCGAGCACAGCUCGGUCAGUGUGGCUAGAGAACGCACGGCUGAACUUCGCAAAUGGAUGCUUAGGAAGAAAGAGCUUGACGAGAGCUUUGACGGACCCGAACAUUGCAAGAAGAUCCUAGCUGGGAAACCCUUGAAACUCUUCGGGGAGAUGGUCAAAGCUGCUGGGCAUGCCGAUGCAAACCUGGUACGAGAUAUACAGAACGGCUUCGACCUGCUCGGUGAAAUCCCUUCCUCGUCUGUCUUGCCGAAGAAAACCACCGUGGCAUCCCUCAGCAUCGAGGACGUAAGAAUCGCCACCCCGGCGAAUCAGCGUGCGAUCUGGGAAGCCACCCGCACCUGCAGGGAUCCCGAAAUUGCUUCGGAAGUGUAUCGCCUUACCUUGGAGGAGCGGGACAAAGGGUGGCUCACUGGACCCUUCUCUCUCGCCGAUGUGCCGGAGACCGCCAUUGUUACGCGCCGCUUUGGCGUCAGGCAAGGUGUGACGACGACGGCCAACGGUGUGGCGGCAAAGAUCCGUCCGAUCGAUGACUUCACGGAAAGCUUAGCCAACUUGACGUGCACUUGUGCGGAAACAAUUAACCCGCACUCAGUGAACGUCAUUGUGGCCGGGCCUCUGGGUGUCGGGUCUUUGUGCAACCUCAACAGGCCCUGUGAAACCAACACUUCGACGUUGGGGCUAGCCCUCCGUGCAAGCCGUCCCCUGACGGGACGGUGGAUGGACCCGGCAGCCGAGCCGGCUGCUGAGCCUGACUCCGAGGCCGAUAGCACGGUUUCGACGGUGAGUGCCAUCAGUCGUCACCUUGCAGACUUGCAGCGGGAUCAUUGGGCUUUGCAAGAGCAGUUCCGUGCAGCACAGCAGGACACACAGGUGCUUUCGGACCGCUGCGAGUAUCUUGAGGGCAGGAUUCGCGUGUUGGAGUCCUUUGAGAAUCGCAUCCGAGCAUUGGAGUCGGCCCGGGAUUAUACAAACCAUCGUGUCGUGUGGCUGGAGCGCAUUGUGCAGCGGGCUAGGGCUGCAAGUUUGGCACAUUAUGCACGGUGGAGGGCAUCCGUUGGUCUGGACCCAGCGGUCUUUCCUUUGGACGAGGCCGAGGCUUACUUGUACGUUUGCUUCUUGAGGAGUGAGGGGGCUCCCAGGUCCCGUGCACCGCGCUUCCGCGAAGCAAUCAAUUUUGCUGGCGCGAUGCUAGGUGCAGACGUAAGCGAUGCAUCGAGCUCGGCGCGUAUCCAAGGGGCUGCUAACCCUCAGGUUCAGGCUGUGGUUGUUCGCAAGAAGGUGCCAUUGACGGUUGCUCAGGUUAGGGCGCUUGAGGAGUUUGUCUUGAAUUCCGACAACGAUCUAGCGGCGGUUUUGGCUGGCUACGCCUUGUACUGCCUCCAUGGAAGGCUGCGCUGGAGUGACGCUCAGCACACUGAGGCAGAGCCGACAUUGGAUGUUCAUGAGGGCAAGGGAUUCCUGAACGCCCAGCUUUAUCACCAUAAAACUGCUAACCGGGGAUCGUUGGCCAGGCAUCGGUUGCUGCCAGUGUCCUGCAUCUCGCCCGGUCUUGCGGAGGGCAGUUGGGCGGAAGCUUGGCUAGAACGGCGGCGACGGCUCGGUCUCAGGGCGUCAAGGGGCGUGCCUAUGAUGCCGAGGCCUCUGUGCACUGGGGGAUUUGACUCCCUACCGCUUGAUCCGUCUCUCGGGGCAUUGUGGUUGCGUGAGGUUCUGAAAGAAUGCCAACCCUUAGAUCUAGACGUCAAGUGGGGGGACAUUGCUACCCAUAGCUUGAAGGCAACACUUUUGAGCUACAUGGCCAAGGCGGGUGCUCCGGAGAAUCUGCGUGCAAUUGCGGGGUAUCACUUGAGGUCCGCCAAUUCCUCUACCCUUGAGUAUUCCCGCGAUACCCUUGCACCGGCCUUGCAUUUCUUGGAGUGUAUGUUCUUGACCAUAACGAGCGGGUUGUUUGCACCCGAUGCUACCAGGGCUGGGCGCUGGACCCAGGGAGUGCGCUCGGUGGAUGAUGCGAUCCGAUUUCUGUCGGGGAAGCCGGCUCCCAGUCAGGCCGAAGCUGCGGGGGCCGACGAGGUUGUGCAGUCUGACCCGGAAUCGCCAGCAGAGAGCAUUGGGUCUGCAGGUGAGGCCGAGGAGGCGGGAGUGUCCAUUUUUGCGCUUGGGUCGGACUUGCAAGUGUCCGACGACGCCAGGCGGUCCGUUCGGUGUUUUCAGCAUAAGCUGAGCGGGGUGAUCCACGCAGCUAGGGACGAUCAGCCUCCAGAUGAAGGGGAGAUGACAGUCUUCCGGUGCGGCCGCUUUGCAAACCGAAACUAUGAGCUUCUGGACGAGGUGCCAACCAUCAUGCUUCACAAGUGGCUUUUAGGACGUGACGUAGAUUCUUGCACCACCAUGUCGGCCAUUGAUAGCGAAGCUGUGUUCCUUGCGAAGUGCACCCAGCUUGGAUUACCUGAGGAGGCCAGGAACCAGUUGAAGCGCAAGGGAUGGUCGACCUUCGGGACAUUUGCCUUUUGUGUCCCGGGCGAGCCUGGCCGUAUCGCUGAGGAUGUGUUCAAGACCGGUGUUGCGACCCCGAUCCUGGGGGCAGAUGGCGAUGAGCAUCAUGCUAAGCUUCGCCGGUUGCACUUUGAGGCGUAUGCACUCACUGCGGCCGAGCUCAAGCGCACGGCCGAGUCGACAGAGUCUGAUCAGCCGCGUAAGGUUCCGACGGCUGAGCUUGCGGCUAGGUACAAUGUCUUGCAGCGCAGGGUGUCGCCUUUGCGAUUAGUAGAUAGGCUUGAACCUUCCCACUCCUUGGUAAACUUGGCGGCCCAAAUGCUUGAGGAUCAACGCGUGCGAUACAUUGAAUGGUCAAAGUGCACAAGCCGGGCCCAAGAAAUAAAUCUUGUGAAGGAGGAUUCCAGCUUAAAGGUCCUGCAAGGUGGUCGGACCGGUGCGGUCAAACUUGUGGAUCCGGGAUCUCGGCUCACGGCUGAGACUAAGUCCGACCUGGAGGUGAUGCAAGCCCUCCGCAGGCGCGGCGUGGCUUAUGAGCUUGCUGCCAUCAUGACGUUUGAGCGGCAUGAGGAACUGAUUGAUCGCUUGUUCAUGGAGUAUCAGCGUGAGCCCAUGCAAGGGUUCCAUCCUGUGUCCCUGGCACAGUUGCAGGCCGCCGAUCGUGAGAUCCAUGUGCGUAUGGGUGAGCAUACACGGGCGGGACUGACCCCGGAUGCGACCGGCGCUCUCCCGCUGGAUGGGCCGCUUGGAAAGGUUCUGAGCGGACCGCACAUCCAUUGGAUGCUUAUGCCGCGCCAGAAGGGCUCUGCUUCAGCUGGGGAUGCCCCUGAAAAGCCUCCAAAGUUGCCAAAGCCACCAAAGAAGACCGAUCUGUCGAAGGCGACGGACAAGGAUUCAAGGGGCGACAAGGACCAGAAUGCUGGCAAGGGGUCGGGGCCGAAUGCGGCCGAAAAGCCGACCAAGCAGCGCAAGGUGCGCUUUGUUAUGCCAAAGGCUUUGAUAGGGGGCGUGCCCCGGGAUGAUAGUGGGAACAACAUCUGUUUUGAUCACAAUCUGAAAAAGUGCCCCAAUGUUCGUGCAGCUGCGUCCACACCCGUGCAUGACACUGCCAACAGCCAUUUUGGCAACCGCAGUGAUUCGAAUGCAGAAAAGUUUGCCUCGGCAUGCGUCGGCAAAGUCGAUGCUGCUACGAUUCUUCACUUGUUGAGCCUAUUGCCAUCCGAGGCCCCGUCUCGCGGCUCGCGGAUUCAGGGCCAAGGAUCCGAGUUUUCUUUUACGACCGGCGCAUAUACUUUUGAUCAUGGUGAGCGACAUGGUUUGCGACAGCAUUGCCGCGAGUUCCCACACACAACCAAACUCUUGAAUGCAUUUAUGAGGCAACAGGCGCCAACUGCGGUUUAUACAACCUUGGCCCUGUUUCGUGAUCUUGAGACGCGGGUUCACUCUGACAAGGGAAAUGACCCCCAGCAGCUGAAUACCAUUGUGAAGGUGUCCGAAUUUUCAGAUGGCGGCUUAUGGAUCGCGGACCCGCAUGGCGAGGUGCGUUGCCCUCUGCCCGGCGAACAGAGUCAAGGCCGCGUUUUGCCGUUUGUCGGACAAGUCUUGUCUUUUGAUGCACAGCAGCCCCACUGUGUCAUGCCGUGGGAUGGGGGCUCACGCGUUGUGCUGGUGGGGUUUACGGUUCGUAACCCGCGUAGGAUUAGUCCUGGGCAUAGGACGGAGUUAUCCCAGCUGGGAUUCUCACUCCCGGAUAAGAACCCCGACUCGACGGCCGGUCCCGAGCCUUCUCCUACGCUAGGUGUGCCCAAGGUUCCCCAUGCACCGAGCCGGCCACAUCCGAUUCCGACCGAUCAGGUGCGGCCUGCGGCCGUCGAGCAUACGCAACCGCCUGAAUCCUCAGGCGUGGUACGCAACAAUGGCAAGUCAUCCCAGCCUUCUUUCCUUGAGAUUUUCUGUGGGUCCGCAGGUCUGUCCGCGGCCGUGCGAAAGCUGGGAUUUCAGGUUCUUGGGGUUGAUCAUAAGCCUACUGCCAAGCAUGCCAAUGCUCCCUUCAUUAGCCUGGACCUUCGUGACCCAGAACAACAGGAACGCUUGUGGGUGGAGUUGCGGCGCGUCCAUGCCGUUUGGCUGGCGCCCCCAUGCGGGACUUCCUCGAGCGCUAGGGCGAUACCGCUUGGCAAGUCCAAACACGGUCCCCGGCCCCUCAGGUCAAAGGAGUUCCCUGAUGGGCUCCCAACGUUGGCAGAUGUGGACCGUGAACGUGUCUGCAGUGCAAACCUCUUGUAUGCCUUUGCGGCAAAGGUCUUCAGCUUCUGCAAGUCCAAUGGCAUCUUGUGCAUUGUGGAAAAUCCGGUGUCCAGCCUCAUGUGGCGGACUUCAUGGUUCUCCUCCGAAAUUCCGAAUGGCUUCUGGCAUGAGCUCCAUGCCUGCAUGUACGGCUCCUCCAGGCGCAAACGCACGGCCCUGCUUGCAACGUGCACUUUGCCUGGCCUCUUGCUACAGUGCGAUGGCUCCCAUACGCAUAAACGUUGGGGGCGGGCCCGGGACCCACAAACCGGGCAAUGGAAGUAUGCCACCGCUGAGGAGACAGCCUACCCUGCGCCCUUUUGCGCGGCCGCAGCUCGCGAGAUCCAGCUGGCACUUGAGCGUGUUGGUGUGUGUGUACAGCCGUCCGAGUCCACUGACUGUGCCAUUGCAGCGACCUUUGCUCAGCGCCAGCCGCGGCGUGGUCGUGGUGUCGUGGGCCCUGCUGAAUACAAACGCUUGCAUCGCCUGCUCCUGCCUCUGGACUUCCAGCCACCGGACAGUGUGCCCAAUGAUCCGCCGCCAUGCUUGGUUGACAUUCCUCCGGGUUCAAAGUUGCUGUGGACUCGCGUCUUUGUGGAUGGGGGAGUUGAGCGCCGCGAGGCCGAAUUUGGGGUGUACCACACACCUAAAGAAUUCUUGCAGGAGGCCAUGGCAACAACGCAUCCCUUUGAUAGUGCCGUGUCCAUCGACGGCCCGAACCUCCGGGCCAUAGCCUAUACUCUUGAGCAUGGGGUUGCCGCGGUAAGGCAGAAGCGCCUCGCAGUCCUGGAACAUUACAGAUCUCUUGAGAAAUCUCUUCGGGAGGAUGAGCGUGAGCUUAAACAAUCUAUGGACCCCGCCGUCCGCGAGGUCAUGGGAUCAAAGAACCUCCUGUUGUUCAAGCAGAUGUUGCUGGAUGCUGGCGUGCCGGACAAGCGACUGUUCGAGGAUAUGGUUCGGGGUUUUAGGCUUACGGGACCGUUAGAGCCUUCUGGGUUGUUUCCCCCUAAGUAUAAGCCCGCUUCCAUUUCGGUGGAAGAGCUUCGGCGUACGGCCUCUUGGUCGAAGCACAUGAUCGAGGCGGCCUGCCGGAAAGCAUCAAAGGAUCCGGCUGUUGCAAGGUCCGUGUGGGAAGAGUCCAUGUCUCAGGUGAAAAAGGGCUGGUUGGCCGGGCCCUUCACUUGGGAACAAAUGGAUCAGAAGUAUGGUGGCACUUGGGUGGCUUCCAAAAGGUUUGGGGUUUCUCAGGGAGAUAAGGUUAGGGCGGUCGAUGACUUGUCACAGUUCCAGGUGAAUGCUUCCGUUACUGAGACGGAGAAGAUUCAGCUUGAAGGCCUUGAUGACAUUGUAGCUCUUGCGAGGUUCCACUUGGGGGCCACAGUUGCCGGCACGAAGACCUUCCGGCUCCCUCUGUCCGACGGAGGCGUCUACCAGGGCCGUCUGCAUCGAGAUUUCAGGGACGGGCGAGCGAGACGGCUGAAAGGCCGAGCUCUCGAUUUGCGGAGCGCAUACAAGCAGUUGGCUCGCCACCCGUCCGACGAUUGGGCAUCGGUGCUAGGUGUCCUGGAUCCCAACACAGACACCGUCUCUUAUUUUGAGAGUGCUGCUCUUCCGUUCGGCGCAUCGAGCGCUGUGACCGGCUUUAACCGGGCUGCCCGAGCCUUGCGCAUUAUUUUGUCUAGACUUUUGUACCUUGUGAAUACGUCAUUUUUUGACGAUUUCUGCCAACUUGAGAUCGAUGGUCUAACGGACUCGGCGGAUCAGGCGGCGCUUGCAUUGCUGGACCUUCUUGGCUGGGAGGUGUCCGACGGUGAUAAGCUGAAACCGUUCGCUUCGGAGUUCACCAUGCUUGGUGCGGUGCUAUCCUUCAAAGAUGCUGGCAAGGGCGUGAUUAGGGUUAGGAAUAAGGCUGGGCGCGUGGAGGAGAUCGGGGACACGGUGGAACGUCUUGCCUCCGAUCCUCUUGAGGGGGCGCGCUCGCUUCCUUCUCUUAAGGGCAAGCUCUUGUUUGCGGCCUCGCACGUGUUCGGUCGAUGCGCCCAGGUGGCUACACAGCUGAUUCAUCAUGCCGAGAAAUCUCAUGGAUCAGAUGCUCACGCUUGUGUUGAGGCUGCUGUCCGUCGUGCGCUUGAUACCUUGAGGGCUGCUGGGGAUCGUCAGGUGAACCUGUGGUCCGAACAGCCGCCUGUCAUCGUUUUCACAGACGGGGCGUGCGAAGAACGCGGUUCUCAGGUGACGCAUGGGGCAGUCAUCGUGGACGUGGCAUCGCAGACCUUUGAGGUGUUCGGGGGCCACAUCCCAGGACCUCUUGUUGAGGUGUGGCGUGGGUCCGGACGUGUGCAACUGAUCUUCUUCGCAGAGCUUUAUCCAGUCUUGAUUGCGAGGCGCACUUGGGGAAAGGUGUUGAGGAAUCGGAGGGCACUGUUCUUUGUGGACAACGAAGCUGCCAAGGCGGCUUUGAUCCGAAAUUACUCGCCCUUGGUUGAUGCCGCAAACAUGUUGGCGGAUAUUGCAGAGCUUGAUGUCGUGAACCAAUGUUUUCCAUGGUACUGCCGGGUGCCAUCAAAGAGCAACUUUUCUGAUGCAGCUUCUAGGUUGUCCUUUGGGGAGUAUGAGGAACGCUUCCGAAAGGUGCAGCCAAUGUUGGAGGCAGUUUAA